AUGGCAAUCUCCGCUGAGAAGGUUCCUCCGUCGCCAAGAGAACCCCUCGCACCUCCGGUUUCACCAGAACCACGGUUGCGGCGUCGAGUUUCGUUCCGAUCUAAUCUCCAUGACUUCGAUUCCCCGUUUCUCACGACCUGGGGAAAGCAGCGGGUCCUCCGCUGCCUGAACGUUAAUCGCAAGGGCGAGAUUAUCGCCGGCCACCGCCAAUCGGACCUAAUUGGGCCGUCUGCUAACUUACGACAGGAUGACAAUCACGUCACCAUUAAAAAUGACGACGGUUCCGAGGGAGGCAAGGCCAAUCUCCUCCCCCGACUCCGCGAGGCUGCCGCUCCUAAUUGCAGGAUAUACGAGCCCGAACCUGAUCACCAACCAGAAGUCCCACGAGCACCUUUUUCCUGCGCUCCUGCGGCUCCAAUGCCGGUCCAAACACCUUCUUCAAAUUCGCCUUCCGAUGUGAACCAAACGUAUAAUAUGAGAAGCAGGAGAGUGCCGAUCCGCAAAAAGCGGUGCUCCAGUCCAUCUCCACCGCCACCUGUGGUAGAGAAGAGCGUGCAAAGAAGGAGCGUUCGACUCCGGGCUGAAAAACCAGAGAAGCGUGAUUCUUGGCCAAAGUUCUCAAUUUCCCUCUCCCGUAAAGAGAUCGAAGAGGACUUCAUCGCAAUAACAGGAUCCCGCCCUAGCCGGCGGCCUACCAAGCGGCCAAAACACAUUCAACGGCAGCUAGAUCAACUCUUCCCCGGCUUGUUGCUUCCGUCCAUCUCACCGGCAGACUACCACGUCCCUGAUUAA